AAAAUCCUCUAAAUAUUACACAUGAACAUAAAUUACAUUAUUUGUUGAUAUUUGAUAUAAAAUGUAUUUUUUUUUUAACCUUUUUCAAUAUUAUUAUUUUAAAUCAAUCAAUCACAGAAGAUUUGUUUCGUAAAAUAAAUGAUUUGAUAAUGAAACUGAAAAAAAUAAAGGGUAUUAAAGUGUGAACAAUGAUGAAGAAUGAAAAGUAACAAACAUAAGAACAGAUUCAGGAGGAAUUUAUUUAAUAAAUUCAUUAUAGAAAAUAUUUUGAUCACUUUGCACAAAGUAAUCGUUAUAGUUUUUUUACUGGCUCUCUAAACGUUUUAAAUCAUUAAAUCAAAAAUAAAUAUUUAAAUGUUUUCACCUAAAGAAAAAUAUGCUUGGUUUUUAUCUUCUCUCUUUCUCUAAACCAAUAAUUAAAUAAAAGUAUAGUAAAGUGAACAAAUAGAUUUAUAUAAUAAUAAUAGAUUUAUUACUAACUUAGUAUUUCCUCUUAGUCAAGAUUCCUUUAUGUGUUUUAAGAUCUGAUACAUUUAUUUAAGUGAUUAUUAAUAUUGUAAAAUACAGAAGCUUAAAAACGUUAAUUCACAGGAGAGAGCGAAUCCAUCGAAACCUGCAGGAAAGUGAAAGUCAGUCAGCUCUCUGCUGGGAGGGUCUUCAGUGUCAAGAGGAGAAGUCGUCAAUCUAGUUUGUCUGUCCACUCCCUCUCUCCCUCUCUCUGUCUCUCUCUCUCCCUCCCUCUCUCUCUCUCUCUCUCUCGCCCUCUCUCUCUCUCUCUGUGUAUGUCAGCUCUGAGCUUGAAGCUCCUCAGAACUUGUUUAUCACAUCAGCAGGAGGACGAGGUGGAAUUUGUUUCCUAGGAGGCAGCAUGGACCCAGAAGGCGGACUGAACGGAGAGAGGAUAUCUCUGAAUAAACUCGGAGACAUCGAGGCCCUGAGCCCCCCCUCAGGUAGACACCGUCGGCCCAUCAACAUGAACCACUACGCCACGAAGAAGACCGCCGCUCAGAGCAUGCUGGACGUGGCUCUGCUGAUGGCCAACUCGUCCCAGAUGAAGACCGUCCUGUACGUGGGGCCUCAUUAUCGCUUCUACCUCCCCCUCAUUGUCCUGCUGUCGCUCUCCAUCACCCUGCAGGUCAUCGUGGGGCUGCUGCUCGUCUUUAUAGUGAAGUACGAUCUGAACGACGUGAGGAAACACGCCAAGCUGAACUGGAUGAACAACGUGGCGACCGUUUUUGUCUUCUUCACUGUCCUCAUCAACAUCUUCAUCACAGCGCUCGGGUUCGAGGGAUAUGCUGUGAGGUCUAUAGGAACCCCUCAGAUGUCGGUACAGGAGCAGCCUUAUGUUUAUCCACCUCUUCCCAUCGACAUGAACACAACAGGACCCCUGUAGACCAGAGUCUGAAUCAGAUUCUGCUUCUUGAAGACUUUAGUAUCAGCUGCUGGUCCCUAAAGGACCACAUCAGUGCUGAUGCAGAUCCAGGCUGAGACCCGGGUGACCUCUGGAUGAAAGGUCGUCCUCAGAGGAUCUCAGUUUGAGACCUCCGUCUUCAUCCAGCAGCGAUCUGCUGUCAGACCAAUUAAAACCUCUCAAAUGUAAUUAAAACCACUUAUAAAUAUUCAUUAUCUGCUGUCAGAACGGUGUAAUUAAGAUAUUUUUUUAACUGUUUUGUAACUAAAUAAACUGAUUUACUUACUA